AUGAUAAACUUCGUCGUCAGGCAUACCCUUGACGAUAUUAUACCAAAUCCCACAGAAAACUACGAGUUUGUUGGGACAUCAGUCGAUGAUAGUGCUUUUUUGAUUGAUAAGUCAACAGAUGACGUAGAAAUUAUUAAAUUUAAUCUAAUUCCGCCAUCCAUUACUCCAAUUUUAAAUGGAAGUAUUAACAAAUCGAUUUCAAACGUGACAUUAUCGAAUGAUAAAAGAUAUAUAGCUUUUUUACUUGAUAAUUCAAUCAAUAUUAUCGAUUUAGAAAACCCAAACGAAAAACAUAUGGCCAUAGAAAAUUGUAAUAAGUUUUCAUUUAUUUCUGCCCCAAAAGGAAUACAUUUUGUCUAUGAAGGAGAUCAAAUUUUGACAAAAGGCAGCAUUGUCAUCAAUCAAAACGAGUCACGAUUAUACCAAUCACGAAAAUCCCACUUUCUAAAGAAUGUUUUGUGGUGGACAACUGUUCACAAGUCGAAAAUGGUUGUGGCAUUAAAUUUGGACAAACAAAACAUGAAACACGUUCAUGUUUAUCAAAUCCAAGACGAAGUUGUUGAAGUUUUUACAUUCCAAAUCCCGCGAAAAUUCGAUUACAUAGUUCCAACUCACGUUUUCUUCGUAAAUGCUCGAAAUAUGGUCAUUGGUACCGUUUCCAAUAUGUCCACGACAAUUAUCUCGUAUCCCUCAUUGAAAUCUACAUGUAUUCCUUAUCAAAAUUCACUCAGUCCAGUGUUAUCUUUAAUUGAUUCGAUUUUAGUACUUGUUGUUCCUAGUUCACUCGUUGCCUUUAUCGAUGCUGAUAGCGGAGACCUUAAAACUCAGCUAGUAGAAGACAAAGAGCUUCAAUGCGACUCAAUUCCUCAAAAUUUAUUACAAAAUACAUCGGAUUCUUCGAUUUUCUACGAUAAAGAUAGAAAUGCGUUUUUGUCUCUUGAAAUUGUAUGGGCCAAAUUUGCCAAAAUCCUUGAAACAAGAGAUUUAUUAUCUUGGCAUUUUAUUGGACAUAUUUCGUCUGCACAUACACUUGUUUCUUUCUUUGCACAGGAUAUUAUUCGCAAUGCACCUAAUAAUUUCUUUAUAGGAUUAGUACAUUUUUACUUAGAAUAUUGCAUCUCAGGAGUUUAUGCGUGGAUGAGUCCGGAUUUAUCACAAGACCUAAUAAAAUAUGUUCCUCAUAUGGUUCCAUAUGGUUCUCUUCUUGAAUUCUAUCCUUCUGAAAAAGUUAUUCGCGAUGCUUUGAUUUCUUCUGAUUUGAUCAUUCCAUACAACAAUUUGAUCAAGACAAAAUUCUGGGAAGAGCUCGUGGAGUCUGAAAAUGAAUACUGUCCUGAAGGAUUUUGGCAUCUUUCAACAGUUAUUUUAUUAUUUUUAUUUUACUUCAACGUUAAAGGCCCAAAUUCGAAGUAUCCCCCUGCUUUGAUUAAUUUCCAGUCCGCCUUUCUCUUAGAACCCCCAACAAAUCCAGAACAUUUAAGAGCAAUGAAAGAUAUCAAGGAAUCUCAGAUAUUUAAGUUCUUGACUGACUUCUUUAAGAAGAGUUGUGCUAUUGCAUCAGCUUUACCAGCACCAAAUCCUGAUGCAACCCUUAUUGAUAAACUUAGGUAUGAAUUUGCCAUUUAUUUAUCGGCAAGAAUCUUCCACUUGCCGUAUAAUAUCAAUAAGCUUCCAACCCUUGAGUACUUGUUCCUUGUUAACGCUCCAAAGUGUUUUCUUUAUACAUUAAGUUACGAAAAAGUUCUACAAACUUUUUCAGGGAUCAUGAGUAACAGAUAUGAUCUCUACAUCAGAUCUGAGAUUGAUGUUCCUUCCAUGACCCAACAAAAAAUUUCAAUUUCGCAAAUUGAAGAUUUAGUUCCUUCUCAACAGAUGUUAGCCAGCGAAAUUGGGAAUCAAGAGGAUAUUUAUCCUCUUUUCACAUUAACAAAUUUAGCUGUUGAACGCUACAGCAUUGGAAACCAAGAUGUUUCAAAUGAUUUAGCCAAAGUUUCCGAAAAAUAUAGUCUUGAAAGCUUAGAAGCUUUUUAUAGUUAG